AUGGGACGCAGAAAGUGGUACAAGAAAGGACGAUAUGGCAAAAAGAAGAUGGGUUUCUCAAAUGAAGCAAGAUCAUACGGCAACAAGAACGAAGCAUUCUCAGUGAAGGAUAGAAAGCUCCUCAUUCAAUAUUUGAACGAAUACUACGAGAGAUGCACCGAUCUUUACAGCGGCAAUGUAUUCCAAAAGAGCAGGUCGAGAAAGCUGCAAAUGUCGGAUAGUGGCGAUCCAAUCGUGAUCGCAGGAUGCACCUUUCCCGCCUUGGACGAGGAUGCUUUGAGACAACCAUAUUUGGCACUUCCGCUGCUAAACGCAAAACAGCGAAAAAUCAUUCAUCACCUUUGUGUAUUUGCGAAUCUCUACCAUGUGGGUGUGAAACUGUCACCAAUUGAAAGUUUCGUUGCAAUCUCGAUAUUUCGUGAUGGACUCGAUUACGCUGUCCAACAAUCGGAAUGUGAUCCCAAAGUACAGUUUCUAGACUUGAAGCCUUGGCUAAAACGUUUAGGUGAAUCAGCUACUGCAGCCACCAAAGUGGGACACGAUGCUGUUUACAAGUUGAUCGAUCAACCUGGAGAUAGUCUGCGCGAUGGUAUCGACGAAUUGGACUUUGAAGAACUCAAAGAUUUAAGUCUGGAGAAUACGGUUCCACCACGAUUAGAGGACGAGUACUGGACGCUAGUCGAUUCGCCAGAGCAAAUACGCGAAUGCGUUCAAGAAAUAGAGGCCGACAACAUUACGGAGCUUGCUUUUGAUUUGGAGUGCUUGUACAGGUCAAAACUUCAAUUGAUCACAUGUUUAAUACAGCUUGCUACAUCAAGCGGUAAGGAGUACGUGAUUGAUACAUUAGCUCCAGGUGUUUGGGAAAGUGUUGGUGAGCUGGCUCCAAUUUUUGCCGAUCCAAAGAUUGUCAAGAUUGGUCAUGCCAUUGCAGGCAUGGAUGUGCAAUGCCUGCAGCACGAUUUCGGUAUUUUCGUCGUCAACGCGUUUGACACGCAGGAGGCAGCAAAGGCGUUAAAGUUAAAGAGAUUGGGCCUUGCUCAAGUCUGCGGGGCCUAUGGUCUAAAGGAUUCAGUAGAGUAUGAAGAUCUCAAGGCUGUCUACCAGACAUGUAACUGGACUGUCCGACCAAUGGAGGAGAAUAUGAUCAUAUAUGCUCGCUAUGAUGUCCAUUGUCUGAUAUUACUACGCAAGUUAAUGAUGCGCGACUUGGCAAAGGAAGAGUGUUGGGAUGAAUCAAAUCCCAAGGACUCAGACGCUGAAGCUAAGGCUGUUGCGGAUACUAUGGCCUCUAUGUGGAAUGACUUUGAUGAAGAUGAAGAUGACUUCGGCAAUACCAUAUCAUCGCCUGACGAAGCAGCCGGUACGGCAGAGGCAGUUCGUGGUGAUUAUCAUGAUACUGCAGUUGAAACCACUGAGAGAUCAUCAAAUUUCGGCGCGGGCGAAUUGCGGAUGAACGCAGCUCUGAUGCAAGUUAUAUCGCGUAGCCAAGAAAUGUGUGCAAAGUUUUCGAAGGCCAAGGCCGAAAAACAUUUGAAGGAUCCAGAUUUUCAGUCCAUCGUUGUUGCUUCAAAGACAGGAGAGAUUCCAGAGUGGACAGCGUCGCAACUUAGCUUGUACGACAGGUUGGAAGAAUGGCGUAUGGAUAUGGCUAAGCGGCAGAAAGUUAUGGCUGGUUUUAUCUCUCCACUGGGAUUCUUGGCGUUGAUUGCUUACAAGCGACCAACUACGAUUGAAGCACUGCGACAGGUGAAUUUCCAACCGUCGGAGUUUUUUGAAAGAGAAGAUUUGACCGAGCUAUUCGACCUGGUGAAAGAAUCUCGUCGACAGGAUGGUCUACGUGAUUACGAUGAUGUGGGCAGUCGUACGUACCCAGAGCUGUUGCGACGAUUGGACAGGCGUGAGCAGUUGAAGCAAAUUGGUUCAGUUGCCUUAACCAUGGGAGCAGCUGUUGCAGCUGUUGCAGCGGUUAGAGCCCUGAGGCGUAGGUAA